UGAAGUUAUGCCUAUGGACAGAGGAAGUAUGUGAAUGCGGUUAUUUAGCGAAAACCCCAACAGCUGCGCUAGUGUCGCUAAUCCACUUCCAAAUUGUUCCAUUUCGUAGAGUUCUUUAACGGCUCGGAUCUUGUAAUGGCCACUUCCAAAACCACAAAUACUUAUAAUAGACAAAAUUGGGAAGAUGCUGAAUUUCCGAUCUUGUGUCAGACAUGUUUGGGCGAUAAUCCGUAUAUUCGUAUGACAAAGGAACGCUAUGGCAAAGAAUGUAAAAUAUGCAUGCGUCCAUUCACAGUAUUCAGAUGGUGUCCAGGUGCAAGAAUGCGUUUCAAAAAGACUGAAGUUUGUCAAACAUGUAGUCGUCUGAAAAACGUAUGUCAGACAUGCCUCUUAGACUUGGAAUAUGGCCUGCCAAUCCAAGUACGAGAUGCAGCGUUAAAAAUUAAAGACGAUUUGCCAAGAUCUGAUGUGAAUAAGGAAUACUAUGUUCAGAACAUUGACAAUGAAAUAGGCAAACUGGAUGCAACAACUCCAGCAGGUGCUGUUGGUAAAUCAGCUGCUGCCAGCGACUUGCUGAUGAAGCUAGCAAGGACAAGUCCAUAUUAUAAAAGAAACAGACCUCACAUUUGCUCUUUUUGGGUGAAAGGAGAGUGUAAGAGAGGGGAAGAGUGCCCUUAUCGUCACGAAAAGCCCACAGAUCCCGAUGAUCCAUUAGCAGAUCAAAAUAUCAAGGAUCGUUAUUAUGGGGUAAACGAUCCCGUUGCUGACAAAUUGAUGCGCAGAGCUGCAGCAAUGCCAAAAUUGGAACCACCAGAGGACAAAUCAAUAACAACUUUGUACAUUGGAAAUUUGGGAGAUGUUUUAACGGAAAAACAAUUGCGUGACCAUUUCUAUCAAUAUGGUGAAAUUCGAUCAAUUACAAUGGUGCCGCGGCAACAGUGUGCCUUUAUUCAAUACACACAGCGAAGUGCGGCGGAAGCUGCCGCUGAACGAACAUUCAACAAACUAAUACUGGGAGGAAGACGUUUGACCAUAAAGUGGGGCAGGUCACAAGGCAGACAGGCUAUUUCGGCCGCAGAAACAAUCAAGGAAAUGUUAGAGCCUGUUCCCGGGCUUCCUGGAGCAUUACCCCCGCCACCUGAGAAUAUGGGCAACAAUUUCUUCAAUUUGCAAGCCACGCCAGGAAUCAUGAUGAUACCUCCACCUCCAGUAGCUCCACAAUUUAUGUUUACUCCUCCAAUGGCUGCUGCUGCACCUAUCUUUCCUCCAGGAACUACACCAAUUCAUUAUCCAAGUCAAGACCCUUCAAGGAUGGGAGCAACGCAGGGCAUUGGCAAACCGUGGCCAGAAGAAGAUUAAUAUUGGCAUCAGUUCUAAUAUCACUGUAAAUAUAAGACUUAUAUAAUUACCUCUAUUGCAAAAAUAGCUUCAUGCUUUGUCUUUAUUAUGAAAAACGAAGGGAGUUCGAUAAAAAUUGAGGAAACACUUGAUAAUUGGAAAAUUUAUAUACCCAUCUUCAUUAUUCACACUGUGGAAAUAAUAGGUCAGGUUUCACACCAUACAUAAACUUUUACAAUAUUAAACUUCUCUGUAUUAGAUUACAAAUAAUAAAAACUAGAGCAAAGGUAAAUGA